AUGCAGAGGAGCCUCACGUCGGCGCGCACCUGGAACGUGAGCGAGCCACCGGCACUGCAAGCGAACUGGGUCGAUUGGACGCAGCACACCUUGACCAAAGGAAUUGUUCAGUUCCAAGAACAGUUUCUGGAGCCGACUGGAGUCUACAACUGGCUCAUUGCGCAACGCUGCUUGGUGGGCGCAGCUACCACCUGCUUCACCGCGCCGAUUUGUGUGCUGGGCAACAGUACGAAGAACUGCGCAGCUCCGAACGGAAGCUUUGGUUUGGUCUUGCCGGAGAUGCGGUGGAAUAUGAGCGACUUCCUUAUCACCCCGCUGAUGUUGCAGAAUGCCUCCAUCGCGGCGAACUUGUCUGCUUCGCGGUUCCACUUGCAGCCCACAUUGAACAUCACCUACAUGCCCAAGGGCUUGGAGCAGUUCUUAGGUGGCACUCUGCAAGGAGCCUUUGCCGAAGCUGUUGCAGUGAACUUGACCUUCUCGGCGGUGCGAAUGGCGGCCAACAUGACCCUGGGAGUGGAUCAGGCAGGCUUCAGCCAAGUGCCCAGUUUUCAGUACUUGGAGAGCGAAUGCCUUGGGUCCCAUACAGAGGCUUUGAGCUUGACACGCUUCCGCACCUGGUUCCAGCUGGAGCAGAUCGCACUCUCCAGCGAUGCCAGGUCGCUGCUCGCGAGCCUUUUGACGCUCAGUGGGCAGCUUUUAGCGCCAGCGGGCGGCUUACAGAAUUUUAGUGCCGUGCUCUUAGAAGGCUUCUUUCAGAAUCAGUUCGCUCCAGCGGUGAAUCAAAGCAUGGGCCAUUGGCUCACGAAGUAUCAGCACCAGACCUGUCCUCUUCCCAAAGGCCAAGGCGUUUACGAUCCCACAGGGCGCAUCCUCAUCCGGCCCACCUUUGGAAGAGUUUGCUGCUGGGUGGCCCUGGGCACAGCUGUCUUGGCCUUGCUCUUGGGCGCUAUCAAGCGAGGUCCAAGGAGCUAUUCCCACUGGUUCUCCGGAGCUCUGUGUCAAUGUGAAACCGUGCCACGAAGCCUAGCGGUCAUGCUCCCAGUGCUCAUCCUGGCGUGUUUGUGCUUCCUGCUGGGGUCGAACUACCUCUUGAUGGCGCAGACCUUCGUGAACCUGGAGCAGGCGCCAUUCUUUGUUUGGAACGCCUACCAGGUGAUGGUCUACUCGCUCUUCUAUUCUAUCGAUGCUCUUUACUACGAAGCGCAUCUCCAGGCGAUGUCCUGGGUGCUGCUUUGCUUUUCCGCGAUUCUCCCGUAUGUGAAACUGGUGAUGAUGUUAAUUUGUUGGUUGACGCCUCGUCGACUCCUUCCCCUACGGCUACGAAGCUGGAUCGUGGUCAUUAUGGACGACAUUGGCAAAUUCUCGCUGGUAGACGUGUUCACCGUCCAGUUCUUGAGCGGCGUCUUCCAUAUCGAGGUCUCUGGGGUCAAUGGCAGCGAAACAGCGCCGCUGCGGAUGGUGUUGCGGACGAAUGAGGAGCUGGGCUUUGCCGCCUUUGUCUUCGCCACGGUGGUCUCCCUGAUCAUCGGACACCUCUGCAGGCACUACCACCAGACCAGUGCCAAGCACUUCUUGAAUGCCGCCUGCAAUCUGGGUGACGUGGAACUCCAGGAACAGGUUAGCAGCCUGGGCAUGCCGCUGUCAGGUGUCGAGGCCAGCUCCUCGCGGCGAUCGCGCUGGCAGUUGUUGAUUGGUCCUGGCCUCGUCCUCACGUUGGCCUUGUGCAUUGUAGGCGAAACUCGAGCCUUCUCCGUGAAGCUGCACACCGUCUUCGGGCCGUUGGGCUCCUCUCAGUUUUCCCUCUUCCAGUUUGCAUGCAUGUUGCCCAGCUUCGCCGAGCAUCCGCGCUCCUUCCCCGCGCUCUUCAAUCAGGUUACCUUCAUUCUCUUCGCGCUGGGAGUCAACUACCUUCAGCUCAUACUGUUGCUGCUCCUUUGGUAUGGCCGUGUUCCCCAAUGGCGCGUGACCCGUCACAUCAACAUUCCGGCCGUGGCGCAUUGCCUGGGCGCCUGGGCGGCGAUGGAUGUGGCGCUCAUCAGCAUGAUCAUCACCAUGCUUGAGCUGAAGCAAUCAGACUUCGUUCACUUGGAUGAUGGCCAAAAGGAGCAGCUGAGUCGGUUGUCUGGCAUUGAUGUGCGGGGAGGAGACCAAGGCUUGAGUGUGGAUGUGGUCUUGGGCUCUGGCACGUACCUCCUUUUCGCCAGGUGGCGGUCCUCCUGCACGCUUGGAUCUCCCGCGCCGCGUUGA